AUGAUCCUAUCGUUCAUCCUGCAUGGUCACCUACCCUAUUACGCCUCCAAUCCUCCCCAUCCCGACCCCCUCCUGCAUGCCAAGUUGAAAGCGGCCCCGGAACUGCUCGAUGCGGAUGUAGACGCACUGACCGAACACUUUGCUGCGUCUCGGCUGUCUUAUUCGACCCAGGCCCUUCCCGUCAAUGUGCUACUCGACACCCUAGUCCGACCUAGCGUCGACGUGGAGGAGCUCGGAAGUACCACCAACAUCGAAUGGCGACAUGUGCCCGAAAAAGCCGUUCCGCACCUGGUCUUCGGAAAUACACCACAACCCGGUGGCCAAUGGAAUGAUAAUUUGAUGCCGGCGAGCUGGGAUAUCCAGACCCUAAGUUAUGCGUCCAUGCUGUCCUUGCCCGGCUAUUCUUUCGCGGAGCACUACCGCAGAGUUACCGGCAACGACCUUCCGGCGUUCACGCGGCCUAGCCGGCAGGAGACGGUGGAUUAUUUCCGUGCGUAUCCCAAGGUCGUGCAGAUUGAUGAUGUCUUCCGAUGCCACGAACGCUUGGAUGGUAUCUCGAGAACUGCGAACGGCUUCUACAUCCGCUCCCAUAACAUCCACUGUAAGCACCUGGUUCUCGCCAGUGGCAUUUUCACCCAGGUUAUACAACCCCGUCCGAUGCUAGAACCACUGGUGUCGCUGGAACCAACACCUCGGAUCCCGCUUCUUGUCAUCGGAUCGGGCUUCUCCGCCGCGGAUGUCAUCAUCUCGGCACCAAAAGAUCAAAAGAUCAUCCACAUCUUUAAAUGGGACCCCGAGAAUCGGCCGUCCCCCUUGCGCGGCUGCCAUCAGCAUGCAUACCCCGAGUAUGCGGGCGUGUACCGUCUGAUGAAGCGCGCCGCCGUUGCCCAUAGCUCCAGCACGGCGAAGCGUCCUGCCCGGACGAAGCGAACCGUUUCAAGCUCCUUCCUCGGAGACCGUCCCUGGGAUCAGGUGUACGACGGCCACCCGAACACCGAAAUUAUAUCUGUCGACGCUCAGAAAGAAUCGGCAACGAUCACCUUCCGCCAGGACGACGGAACGACAUUCACCCGCGUUGUACGCGGCAUGGUCUACGCGACCGGUCGCCGCGGAAGCCUGGGGUACCUUGACCCUGCCCUUCUCUCAGAGGUUGUCGGCGUUGAUGAAAGGGGUGAAAUAAAUCCUACCAUCUCAAGCCAGACCCUUCGAGGGAAAGUACUUGAGAGCAUGGAGGUCGCAAAGGACGUCUUCAUCAUCGGCAGUUUGACGGGCGACUCCCUCAUCCGCUUUUCGCACGGCAGCUGCGUCCAAACCGCAGGGAAGCUGAUCGGUGCGUAUACCGGGGAGGCCAAGGCCAGGAGCAGACCGGUCACCGCUGCUCGAUCGCAGGAUUCGCCCUUGAGCGUGAUGCACGGUCUAGAUGGCCAUGAUAUCUAUCCUAGCAAUAAGAUGGAUGUUUGUUUGGAAAAGCACGAGACGCAUGACACGAUCCCUUCUUUCCGGGAUUCGGGCUUCUUUGGAAGUCUUUGGAGGUCUUUUAUUGGUAUGUGGAAAUGA